UAUAUGCGUGGACCUUGCGUGGACCUCUGUUUACAUCUCUGGUUUACAUAAUCAGCUGUUCAGAAGUAGAUAUUCGGUCACAUUCGGACAUUUUCAUUUUUUCAUGGACUUGAUUUUAGGUAUUAUUAUUUAUUUUAGUGCAAAAAAGUAAUCAGUUUAAUGUUUAAAUGACACAAACUACUGCCAUUUAUAUGGUUACUCUCUGUUUCCCAUGAAAAAAUAGAAAAAUGACUAAGUAAGUUUUAGUGUGACUCUUCAUCAAUAAGACUGGAGUGUGUUUAUUUUGUACUAUGCCUUAUCUUUGUUGUGUUCCUGGUUGCAAGAGUAAUUAUCCCGGGUACCCUAAAGCGUCCUGUUUUUCUUUUCCAAAAGAUCUUCAAGAACAGGAAAACUGGGCGCGAGCUAUAAAACGAGAAAACUUCAGACCGACAAAAGCGUCACGGGUAUGCGAAUUACACUUCCGGCCCCAUGAAAUUGAAAGAGUAGCUUCUUUUUAUGUGGAAAGAACUGGCGAACUAUUAACUGCUCCAUUAAAGAAUCCAAGAGUUGCUAAAGAUGCAGUACCUUCUAAACUACCUGGUUGCUCCACGUACCAGUCUAAAAAACGAAAGCCCAAGAGGUCUCAGAAGAAAGCGCCAGAGGAAAAAAAGGAACCUUUGUCUCUCAGAGUAUGCCGAACCUGCUUAGCCCAUAAUGACCUGUAUUUAAUUGACAAUGUAAAUCGGGAAGGUCUUGAUCUUAAAGAAAUAAUAGAAAAUUGGACCCCUCUUAAGUUAAAAAAAAAUGAGAAACUCCCAAGAAAGAUGUGCCAACGUUGCAUUAAUGAUAUGUACCAGACUUACCAAUUUUUACUUAAGUGUAAGAAGUCAGAAGAAACUUUAAAACGAUAUUUUUAUCAAGGCAUACAGAUUGAACUUAACGAACAAGUUUUAGUUGCAGAUAGUGAGAAUGUAGGUGAUACUCAUUCAGAUAUUCAUUACACAGAGGAUCUGUCUGAUGUUGAUGAAAACAAUACAUAUAAGAAAAAUAACAAGGCUAAAUCAGAUAGUGAGAAUAUAGGUGAUAUUUAUUCAGAUAUUCAUUACAUAGACGAUCUGUUUGAUGUUGGUGAAAACAAUACAUCUAAGAAAAAUAACAAGGCUAAAUCAGAUAGUGCGAAUGUAGGUGAUAUUCAUUCAGAUAUUCAUUACAUAGAGGAUCUGUCUGAUGUUGGUGAAAACAAUACAUAUAAGAAAAAUAACAAAGCUAAAUCAGAUAGUGAGACUGUGAGUGAUAUUCAUUCAGAUAUUCAUUACAUAGAGGAUCUGUCUGAUGUUGAUGAAAACAAUACAUAUAAGAAAAAUAACAAGGCCAAGUCAGAUAAUGAGAAUGUAGGUGAUAUUCAUUCAGAUAUUCAUUACACAGAGGAUCUGUCUGAUGUUGAAGAUUCUAAAGAAUUGAUUAGUCUUGUAUUUGAUGACACGGAGAGUGAGAAAGUAGAAAGUAUGAAUACUUUAUUGGGUAUUACAAAUAUUAAAAUAGAAAUUGAGGAGAAUGAAGUAAUAGACAAUGAAAUUAAGACAACAAAUGAUGAACAAACAGUACACGAUGAUAAUUUAACAGAUCUUGUAAAUAUGGCAUUAAAUAAUGAUGUAGGUGAUGACAGACACAAAAAAGAUAAUGCUAAUGUUUUAUUUGAUAUCGCAAAUGAUCAAACUAAAAUUAAGCAGUUUGAAGUAAAAAAUAAUUCUAUGAAAAGACGAAGACUACACAAGGCACAGCUAAUUGAUAAAAAACAUCUAUCAAAAAAUAAAAAUAUAUCGUAUGUUUUCCUAAAAGGUCCACCAUACAUAUGCAUCACAUGUGAUGCAUCUUUCCAAAGCUACAAGGAACUACGAAAGCACAAAACUGUGACCAAUCACAAAUCACUAUCAAAGUUUUUAUGUCCAUAUUGUAAUAAGAAACAUGAUUGUUACUCUACACAUGUGGAACACGUUAGGACUCAUACAGGAGAAAAACCAAAUAAAUGCUCUAUAUGUGGCAAAUGCUUCAAUUUAAAAUGCGUCUUUAAAAGACAUAUGCUUACACAUUUGGAAGUCAAGCCACAUAGUUGUACAGUUUGUAAUAAACAAUUUACACGCAGGCAAUAUUUGACGGACCAUGAAAGAAAACAUACAGGGGAAAAAUUAAUAUGCUCAUUUUGUGGGAAAGUAUUUUCCUCGUAUGGUUUAUUAUGCUGUCAUGAAAAGACUCAUAGAGUGCCUCCAGGAAGUGAUAACAAAUCAAAGAAAAGGAUGGACCCAGUGACAAGAGAUAAAUUAUUUCAAUGUCAUGUUUGUGGAAAGGAAUUACGAUCAGACGCAAGUUUAAAAACGCAUUUAAGUCAUUUACAUGGUCCCAGAAAUUUUAAAUGUGAAAUAUGUGGAAGAGCUUACGUCAGUAAAAAACAUUUAGAAGAGCAUAUACAAGCAUCUCAUCAAGGCAUUAAACAUUUCUGUAUGAUAUGUAACAAGGCAUAUUCACGAGAAAAUGACAUGAAGAGUCAUAUGAAAUCACAUUUUGGGCCAAAUGUUCAUCCCUGCGAACUAUGUGAAAAAACAUUUACAUAUAAAACCUCUUUAACUCAACAUAUGCGAAUUCAUACUGGCGAUACAAAAUAUCAAUGCAAAGAGUGUCUUCGCAUAUUUGUCAGUAAGCGUAAUCUAGAGUGGCACGUCCGUGUCCAUACCGGAGAUAAACCAUUCGUCUGCAAUUUUUGUGGAAAAAUGUUUGCCCAAAAGCCUAACCUGUAUGCUCAUAUGAAAAUCCAUACUGGGGAGAAAAACCACGCUUGUGAAAUAUGUGGUAAAGCUUUUUAUCGAGUCAGAGUAUUGAACAAACACCUGGCAACUCAUGCCAAGAAUAAAGAACUUUAAGACGCUGAGUAGAAAAUUGUAUUUGGUAUUUGUAUAGUUUUUUUUAUAAAUUUAUUUUUUGUAAGAUAUUUUUUAUGUAAUAUUUUUUGCUGUAGUGUACAAAAAUUACUUAUAAUUACACAGGACAUACCUAUUUACUUACAUGUAUGCAUUUAUCUAGGUAUAUAAACAAAUAUGUGGCGCGUUUUUUUUAUAAGUUUAUUUUUUUGUAAGAUAUUUUUUAUGUAAUAUGUUUUGCUGUAGUAUUACAAAAAUUACUUAUAAUUUCACAGGACAUAUCUAUUUACUUACAU